CCUUUAUUUUCCCCUUCUUUUAUUUAAGCGUGAAGCUCUUUCGCUGGAUCUAGGAUAAACUCUGAGCAAGCUCUUUUAUUGGCUUGGAAUCAGAAGUGUCUGGAAGUCUUAAUGAAAACCAAGUGUAAGGCAAGGCUCAGCCACCUGUCCCCGGCAUCCCCGGCCAAGAGCUCUGCGCUUCAAUUAAUCAAUGGAUCCGCGAUUUGGAACGCGUCUGUGCCCUGGAGCAAUGCGUGGGGCGAGAGUGGAGCUGAGCUGGGAGCCGGGAGCCCCGAUGGGGAUCUGUGCGAGGCAGAUCCCACAGCUGUGCAGGCACUGCCAGCACGUCUGCGCUUCCACGGCUGCACGAGAGCCAUUGCAGGAAGCAAAAGAAGCAGAGAAGCCUCUGUGCUGCUGCUCUGCAGCCUCUCUCCCAUCUCCCCUUUUCCCAAAGGCAUUGCCUAGUUGUCCGUCAAGGGGUGUUAGCAUAAGUUACUCUCUACACUGCUUUUUCUUGCAGACGUGAGCUGCUUUGAUUGCUUGGAAGCAUGACUUCCCCUGAAGCCUGCCUGUUUCUGGCUCUCACAGUGAAAUAUGUUCUGGCUUUGAGCUGGGAUUUAAUUAAGAAAAUGCCAUUCUGGGUUAUUCUCUUUUGUGAGGCAAAUGGAGAAAGGGGUGGAAGGCUGACAGUUGGGAUGCUGUGUUUCUGCACUUCAGUUGCAUGUGGUUUCUUCUCUAUAAGAGCAGGAUUCAAGAAAUUGCUGGGAAUUAGAGUAGAAUAAAUGAAAAGGAAAAAUAAUCACUGUUAAUUGUAUUGAAUACUUGGUGAGAUUGAAAUACACAAGUCUUCUAAAAGCCAGGCACACUGGUGACAUCUGGUGCAGCCACUGGGAACCAGUGCAGAAGUGUGGGUUGGCAGAUAGCAGCUGAGAUGGGAUGGGAACCUGUGCCAUGCUGAUGUUUCCUUUAAUUAGGUACCACCUCUGGAUCAAGCCCUUGCAGUCACUGGUGGUGGGGGUCCUCCCAUAGGGCUGCAUGAGGUCUUGCUCAGCACGGCGUGGUUGCUCCGUAGGAUGAAGAUGCUCAGGUGGAGGUGGAUCAGGAUCUCUGUCAGUGUAUGGUCCUGGCUGAGGGCUGCCCUUGCCCUUCUCAUCGUGGGCAAUAUGGCCUUUGUGAUAGCUCAGGACCUGCCUCAGACCUCCAACAGCCUGGAGGAAGGUGCAGAUGUCACUGCAUACUGGUGGGGUGAGUGGACCAAGUGGACGGCGUGCACGAGGAGCUGUGGUGGAGGUGUGAAGUCCCAGGAGAGGCACUGCCUGCGGCAGAGACGAAAGUCAGUGAGUGGGCUGGCUAAUAAAACUUGCACUGGAACAUCCAAAAGAUAUCAGCUCUGCAAAGUACAAGAGUGCCCUGCAAACGGAAGGAGCUUUCGAGAGGAGCAGUGUUCAUCCUUUAACUCCCAUGUGUAUAAUGGAAGAACGUAUCAAUGGAAACCUUUAUACCCUGAUGACUAUGUUCACAUUUCUAGCAAGCCCUGUGACCUCCAUUGCACCACUGUGGAUGGUCAGAGACAAUUAAUGGUUCAGGCUCGGGAUGGAACAUCCUGCAAAUACACUGAUUUCCGAGGGGUUUGCGUGUCUGGAAAAUGUGAGCCAAUUGGCUGCGAUGGCAUUCUCUUUUCCACCCACACCUUGGAUAAAUGUGGAGUUUGCCAAGGAGAUGGGAGCAGCUGCACUCAUGUGACGGGGAGUUACAGGAAAGGAAACGCUCAUCUGGGCUAUUCCCUGGUAACGCACAUUCCUGCUGGAGCAAGGGAUAUCCAGAUAGUGGAACGGAAAAAAUCUGCAGAUGUUCUGGCUGUGGCUGAUGAAGCUGGGUACUAUUUCUUCAAUGGGAAUUACAAAGUUGACAGCCCAAAGAACUUCAACAUUGCAGGCACGGUGUUCAAGUAUCGCCGGCCCAUGGAUGUCUAUGAGACUGGCAUAGAGUAUAUUGUUGCACAAGGACCAACAAACCAAGGAUUGAACAUAAUGGUCUGGAAUCAAAAUGGCAAAAAUCCAUCCAUCACGUUUGAAUACACUCUCUUGAGGAAGCCACACUCAAAUCUCCAGCCCAUCUACUACACCUUUUCUGAGUCAGAUAGCGAAGAAAGCAGAGAGUUUGAUGGAGAUGUGCCAUUGGGUUUUAUCCAACACAACGCAACCUAUUUUGGGAAAAUCUCCAGGGAAAGGAUAGACUUGGAGAACCAGGUGUUUGGAAGACAGGACACGGAGGAAGAUUUAAACUUGAGCAAAGGUCAGGAAACCAAUGAGGUCUAUGAAAGAGCAGAAACAAUUGACUGUGAGCCAAAACUGAAGGGCAAACAACCCAAAGGUUCUGGUUUCUGGUGGGUGGGGGAUGCCAUGGAUUCAAACGUAACCAGGUCUACUUACCAGACAGACCAUGAUGACAGAGACUUUGAUGCCAGGUUCACCUCCAGGGAAUUCCUUUCAGAGAAUGCCAUCACAGACAAACUGCUGGACAAGUCCUCUGACUCAAAGGAGUUGGUACUCAACAUGACCAUGAACAGCAUCUUUGCCCAGGGAGACCCAAUCAACUCUGUGGGAUCCCACAUCGACAGCCUCUACGUUGACUACGAGGACACUGAUGGCAUUGUGACCUACACCAUCAAUGGCACGUACAUGGAGCUCAGCAAUGGCAAAGCCAUCAAUUCAUCUGCAGAGACACCGUUUUCAAAUGCCACUGUCACCAUGACCAGCUCUCAAGGGAACAGAACCCACAAAGCAAGAAACAGAUUGAAGUUGUUAAGAAAGGGCCAAGGUGUGAGUGCUGCUGACAUGUACAGGUGGAAGCUUUCCUCCCAUGAACCCUGCAGCUCUACAUGCACCACAGGAGUGAUGUCCACGUAUGCUAUGUGCGUUCGCUAUGAUGGGAUCGAAGUGGACGAUACGUACUGUGAUGCCAUGACCCGCCCUGAGCCUGUCCAUGAGUUCUGUGCUGGGAGAGAGUGCCAGCCAAGGUGGGAGACAAGCAGCUGGAGUGAGUGCUCCCGUACCUGCGGUGAGGGCUACCAGUUCCGCAUCGUGCGCUGCUGGAAGAUGAUCUCUCCAGGCUUUGACAGCUCUGUCUAUAGUGACCUCUGUGAGUCAGCUGACAUCACCCGGCCCGACGAGCGCAAAGUCUGCAAGAACCCGGCCUGUGGGCCACAAUGGGAGAUGUCUGAGUGGUCAGAGUGCUCUGCGCGGUGCGGGGAGCGCAGCGUGGUGACGCGGGACAUCCGCUGCUCGGAGGAGGAGAAGCUGUGUGAUGCCAGCGCCCGACCCCUGGCUGAGAAGAACUGCACAGGGCCACCCUGCGACCGCCAGUGGACUGUGUCUGACUGGGGACCGUGCAGUGGUGGCUGCGGGCAGGGCAGGAUGAUCCGACAUGUGUACUGCAAAACCAGCGAUGGGCGCGUGGUGCCGGAGUCACAGUGCAACCUGGAGACAAAACCUCUGGCCAUCCACCCCUGCGGGGACAAGAACUGCCCGUCCCACUGGCUGGCACAGGACUGGGAGCGGUGCAACACCACGUGCGGCCGGGGUGUGAAGAAGAGGAUUGUGCUCUGCCUGGAGAUUGUCAAUGGCAAGAUCAAGACUCACAACCCCACUGACUGUGACGUGGCCAAGAAGCCUGUGGAGGAGACGACGUGCUUCGAGCGGCCGUGCUUCAAGUGGUACACCACCCCCUGGUCAGAGUGCACUAAAACCUGCGGCAUCGGUGUGAGGAUGCGGGAUGUCAAGUGCUACCAGGGGAAGGACAUCGUCCGUGGCUGCGACCCCCUGGUGAAGCCGGUGGGCAAGCAGACCUGUGACCUGCAGCCCUGCCCCACCGAGCCCCCAGAUGACAGCUGUCAGGACCAGGCAGGAACCAACUGUGCUUUGGCCAUCAAAGUGAACCUGUGCAGCCACUGGUACUACAGCAAAGCCUGCUGCCGCUCCUGCCGCACCCCCCACUCGUAGUGCAGGGCUGGGGCCGGAGCCCUGCUGGUGAGCACUGGGGAUGGAUGUUCCUUUCCUCACUCCGCUGGCACGGCUUGCUUUCAGAGCUGCUGUACAUUGGUUAUCAGAGCUGUACAUAGGAUCGUGUAUAUUUGAUUUCCCCCAUCAGCAGACAUUCACGUGGUUUCAUAAGGUCUUGUCCUUUGGUUUCUUGUGCCUAUGCAGUGCGGGGUGGGCACGGUCCCACGAGAGUGAAAGCACCGGUGUGUUCCCUAGCAGAGGGGGUGAGUGCCUCCUCCCUGCUUUAUCCUCAAUGCUUUCUCACGUUUAACGUGGUGGGAAGCAGAUUUUCAUUUGCUAAAUGAACUCAAGCCCAAGCCCUCUUUUGUAAUAUGGAGGUGUAUACUUUUUCAGAGGAUUUUAUCUUGUAACCAAAUGUUAGUGCCAUAGUCCUUACAACCCCCCCCUUUAAUGCUGACAUAUUGUAUAUAAUAUGGAAACAUUACUGCACUUUAUAUCACAAAAAAGACGUGCUCUUUUUUAAUAUAUUUGUUUACAGACAGUGAACUUUAUCCACGUAAUCAUUAAUUUGUACUCAUAUGUAUAUUUUAAUAAAGUUGUCAUAUUUAUGGUGGUA